AUGGCCGUCCCCGUGGAAGAGUUUUUCGCUGGGUCGAGCAGCACAGCGCUGAAGAGGGUGCACCGCCAGCGGUUGAUGGCGUUCGGCGUUGUGCUCGUGGGGUGUACGCUCGUCUCUUGGAUCCUGGUGAUCUUGUGUUGGCAGCUCAUGCCCAGCACGCGCGGGCCCGGGUCUAGGAUACUAGCGGAUUUCCUGUCCAUCAUGGUGGUGGCGCUGUGCCACAGCCUCGCGGUCUUCUCGCGGUACCUCGUGUGCGACGCGGACGACGCCCCCCGCCGCCGUGCCGCCUCCGGGGGCUUUUCCUACUCCGCCCUCGCCCUCCCCAACCUGGGGCAGGGGCUCGCGACGGUCGUCGCCCACUGGCUCAUCGGCAUGGCUCUCGGGUUCUUCGCGUGGAACUUCGCGGCACCUAGGGGAGCGGGGGGGAUUGCGGAGACCUCCGGCGCGCUCGGUGGCCUCGUGGCCGGGGGCGCCGCCUGCAGCGCGUGGUCGGCGGUCUGCUUCCUGAGGGAGAGGAGGCACCACCUCCGCCUCGGCCUGCCCAGCGGUGCGGCCAUGCCGGCCUACCUCCGGGGCGAGGCCUACGGGAGCGUAAAGGAGGGGUUGCUUUGCGGCGCCGUCAUCGGGGCGGGAUAUCUAGUGCUGCGGACCGUGAGCGAACUGCUUCCCGGGAGCAUGGUGGGACGCGCGCUGUCGGUGUUGCUCGGUCUUCCCUCCGCUGCUUCUACCUCCGAGGGAACGGACGGCGGGGGUGGCCAGCCCGUGGUGGGAGAGGGAGUGGGGCGCCUGCUAGUCGCCUACCUGAUCGUGGCAUCGACGGCGGCCAACUUUGCGCUGCACGGGUUCCUGACCAAGGUCAUGAACUUCAUCAUCGUGGCGGCCACCGUGGACGCCGCGAGCGACGAACAGGACCGGGCGGGAGGACGGCCGGCGGCGGCGGCGAGCGUGCCCGUCAGUCCCGCGGCCAUGCUUCUAGACUCGCUUUCGAUCGGCCACGAGACCGUGCUGCGGACGGCGGAGAGGGACUUCCUUCAGGCCAGGGGGCUUGACGGCGGUAGCGGCGGUGCGGGGGGCCAUGGAGCCUCUUCUUACACCAGAGGCCCGAUGUCCGACUGGACGGAAGAGACGGAGCUGCAGAGACGCGCGGUCGCUCUCGCUUGCAUGGAGCCACCGCGGACGGAGCGGCGGCGCGGAGGCGGGGUGGGGGUGGGGGUGGGGGGCAUCAUCAGAAUGCCCUUUUCGUACACCAGGGGGGUUGUGGUCCCCGUCUGGGCGCAGGUGGCCAAAGCCCAGGCCCUGCAGUCGCUCGCGCUCAAGGCGCCGUGCGACAAGAACCUGCGGGUGGCGCUGUACGAGGUCAACAUCGCGCAGGUGCUGCGCACGCUAUGCCUUGAAGUGGACGAAGCGAGUCUCCUGCUGCAGGCCUCGGUGGUGGGAGAGGACAAGGCCGAGGCGGCGCGUGCCCUGGGGUGCGAAGGGCGACGGGACAUUAAGUGGCUCGUCGAGAGCAUGGCUUCCUCCCGGGGAGAGGCGGGACGGCGGUGGCUAGGCUGGCUCAAUGACGGCCUGUCCCUCCCGUUCAGCGGCACCCUCACGCUCGCGGGGCUAGUCGCUGUGCUGCGGCCGCUGAUGACCUCCAAUGCCUCGGGCUCGGGUCGGGGUAGGGGCGGCGAGGAGGACGGGGGGGUGGGGGAGGUGCUGAGUCCGGCGAGGAUGCAGAGCACGAUAUGGGCCGUGCAAGGCAUGAGCGCGCUAGUGGUGUGCGCGCCCGGUGAGUCUAGGAUGUGGUCCCUCGACACCAUGCUGCCGGUGGUGCUUGGCAGCCUCUCCGGCCUCCUGCUUGCCGUGCAGGACCGGAGUCGAGGACAGGGCGGAGGGGGCGGCGACGAGGAUGGCGACCGGGAGAGUCCGGACUGA